AUGCUGAGCUUCAGAGUUAAUCGAUGCAAUUAAAACAAUCUUAAUUCUAGAGGUAAAAAGUGUGCAAGUAAUAGCGAAAUCGAUAAAGCAGUUGAUAAUCUAGAAAUAAAUUUGGCUUUUUCCUCUUAGUAUUUUGAUGUAGAAAAUAUGUCCCCUAAUCCUAUCAAAAAUGUGAUUAAAAAUCACUUCUUCACAGGUUCAAGUUUGAUAUCAUAGAACUACGAUUACAAAAUAAGUUUAAAUUAAGCAGUUCUAGCUGACAAUCCUGUUUUUAAGAAUGUUGUUGAGAGAAUUCGAUCCUUUAUUGAUGCUCGGUAUGUUCGAUCAUUUAAUAGAGCUAUUUUGAAUGGAACAUAGCCUUAUAUUGGAGUUUUCUUUGCAUUAGAUGAGAAUGUCUAAACUAUAUCAAGAGAUGUCUAUACUCUAUUUGAUGCACUUGCUUUUGCUGGAGGAUUAUUUGAAAUACUCACUAUAUCUGUACAUUUUUUUAUUGCAAGUUACCAAGAGAGUAUGUUUUAUUAAUCAUUAAUCAAAGAUAGUUUCUUGGUGAAUUAAAAUAGUAAAGGACAAUGCAUAUAAAAUGCUAAAAUAGAAGCAGUUAACAUGUACAAAAAAUAAUAUAGCUUAAGCUAAUUGUCCGGGAAUGAAAAUAAGAAAAUAUACUACUAUAAGUACAUCAUAUAGUAACUUAAAGAUUGA